CAUUCACUGGUUGGCUUCACGCCAGACUUGAUCUUGCGGCAAUUGAUUUGAAGGAAACCAGUGAAGAAUCUGAUUCAGGUUUUCUACAUCAUGGCGGCCACCAGGAGAUUAGGGAAGGAAUUAAAGGAUAUAAGAGAUUCAGAGCAAAGGAUUUUCAGAGAUAUAAAAGUAGAUGAUUCAAACAUCUUAAACUGGCAGGGCCUAAUAGUUCCCGAAAACCCACCCUACAACAAGGGGGCCUUCAAGAUAGAAAUCAUCUUUCCGGCAGAGUAUCCCUUCAAGCCCCCCAAGAUCACGUUUAAGACCAAAAUCUAUCAUCCGAACGUGGACGAAAAGGGUCAGAUCUGCUUGCCCAUCAUUAGUCCGGAGAACUGGAAGCCAGCAACCAAGACAGAUCAAGUAAUCCAAGCACUAGUGGCACUCGUCCACGAUCCCGAACCAGAGCACCCGCUGCGGGGCGACCUAGCUGAAGAAUACACAAAAGACAGGAAGAAAUUCCUCAAGAAUGCUGAAGAUCACACAAAGAAAUACUCGGAGAAGCGUCCGUCGUCAUAGAUCACGGCUAGACAAAUGGCUGUUUGGAGGUUCCGCUUCGGUGUGGAAUGGCAUGGGAAAAGUACAUUAUGUAAAAAAAGAACAAAAACGAAAAAUAAAAAUACACACACUCAGAUAAUAUAAAGAAAUGACAAGCUAUAGGGCAAGUGCUUUUCUUGUAGCUCUUGCAGAGUUGGACCGAGUUCAGGUAAUUUUUGUUGUGUAAUUUUUUCUGUUUUUUUUCUUGUAUGUGGUGACUUAACACACAGAAUUUCAGCUGGAUUUUGUUUUCGAUUCUCCCGUUUUGGGACUAGUGAGGAUUUCCAUUCAUGUGGUGGCAGGUUCGACAUUUAGGAAAUCGCUGUACCAAGAACAAUUUGGGUUCGGUCUGUGAUACAUGUAGGUAGCUGGUUGAAUAAUUGAACUUGGACCAGAAGUGAAAGGGCCGGUACUGCAGCCAGUAACACAUCUCCGAGGUCGGAGCGGGUCUUAAAUAUUGACAAAUUCAGCUGCAGCAGCAUAAUCAAGAGGUAUUACCCUAAUGACAAUAAAGUUAAACCAUCAGGCCUGUUUUUUUUUCAAAGAGAACUUACUUGUAGUUAAGUAACGAGUAUUUACAGUGCCCACUGAUCUAUUCCUGUAUGUUCAGUAGACUCACGCACCUGUUCUGAACACAGUAUUUUUCCCGUGCACUUGUAACAUUUGCACUCGUGUUGUAAGUCAGACGACAAAACACGAUGAGUGACUGCCCAUCUGUCUCUGGGAGCACAUGCACGAGACAGUAGUAAAAAAGGCACCCGCAGUAUUUUGUAGUGGGCCGAAACCGUACGCUUGUGGAUUGUGUUCUGAAGCAAAUGUACACGUUUUUGUUGACUGGUAAUAUUGGCGGGUAGUUAACAUCUUGGAUGAAGUGUUUUUGACGUGGCCAAGUUUGCCACAAGCGCCUGCAGUCUUUAAUCAGUGCCACCCCCCUCCCCGAAACAGCAUUUGAUACUGCAUGUAUUACUCCUUUUGUUUUUUUUCCCCAUGGGGGACGUUAGGCCUAUUGUUCUGAGGUUUUUCAUUCUAAGGUUUUUACACAGAAGAGCUUUACCUUAGCUGUUUAGAAAAAGGGCCUGAAACGGCCCGAGCUGGAGACAACAGAAAUAAUUUGGUAUAUUAGUGUGCAUUGUAAGGUUUGGUAUACAGAGAGAAAAGCCUUCACCCCCCAAUAAUCUCCCAACGUGCCUAACUGCAUUUACACUCCUCAAGGAUGUAGGCUGGGGGGUCCCCCGGACGCAUCCCCCCUCCCACCAACAAAAGGAAGUUCUUCUUGAGGAGUUCAUAUUUUUAUUUUUUAAACCAAACAGCAGUACGGUAUUUUAUCGAGGUGAAAGGAUGUGGGUUUUUGAUACAUGACGACUGAAAAAGUAAUGUGGCAAAUACAUGUAUCUGGGGCAAUCUGCUUUUCACGUGCACACUUGCUUUCCUCGUUUCAAUGUUGGAAGUUGGAGUUCUGCUUUCUUGCAAAUUGCACCCCCCCGGGCCAAACUAGCCUAUACCCUGCACCAGAGCUGAAUUUGUCAACUACUUUCACUGGUAUGCAAUCUGUGUCUUUGUUGGAUUAACCUUAAUAUGUAAGAUAACUCUUUUAAGUCAAAUUAUGAACACUUCACAAUGGUUAUUGUGGUUCUGUUGCUGUAUAGAAAUAAAAUAAUGCUACUGCCUAAAAUCCUAACAUUCUUUUGCCCCCGUUUUCACUUUUGCGGACUGAAUUUGUAGAGCAUUUUCACACAUCUGAAGAACAAUUUCCCAAAUAGUGGAAACCACUGCACCUUUGAAGCUCCAAUAAUUGAAACAGCUCUGAAUGCUCCUUGCACAAGCAUUCAGAGCAGUAGUCAUCAGAGGAUGAAAUAUUCCAUGGUCGGCAGAACCACAUGUUAUUGUUAUGCUAUCACUGGACACUCCUGAUGGCCCCCAUCAAUGGCAAAAGGCAUUGUAAUAGCUAUUUUUCUAUAGCAAGUUUUCCGUUGCAGGGAAGCCAUCAGGAAUGUCCCAUGUCGCUGGAUUCAUCUGUACAUUUAACUUGCCCCGUAACACCAACAAGGUGUCAAAGUGUGUGGUUAGCAAAAUGUGAUUUUGAAUGAGAGUAUUGUGUUGAUUCCUUGUCAAGUGCUCAUGCGCCUUUCAGCUCUCUCUAGGAAUCUGGGCCCAAUGUCAUGGCACUGCUCAUUAGCUAAUAAGCCAGUUCGGUAUUUCAAAAAGCCAGGGUCUUUUGGGAACAAAGCGCACCUAUCAGUCAGCACGAGUCAGCGCAUGGCUGCACCGCUAGGACAGUCUACUGGGUGUGCGCGGUUGUUCGCGAAUAGCCUCGUACUGAGCAUGCGCUGUUGGAAUACUAAACUGGCUCAUUUUGUGCUAACAGGGAGCCUUCGUCUAUUUCAAGAAGACCAUUAAGCAGUCAGGAAAGCAAUAGCAUGUCCUACUCCAUCAUGAUGUAGCAAUACAAAUCUUCAUGUGCGCCCAACUGUUAGCGCAUCUAUGUCAUGAAUUACUGUUGAAGCAGCAGUGUGGUUGCACUGCUAUAGUAAACACCACUUUCAUGCUGUUACACAGCGCUGUGUAUUGGACCCAGAUAUGCAUAGGUCUUAAAUGAAUAAAGUAAAUUAGGAAGCAAUACUCUUUAACGUCAGUCUAAGAAACAAAGGGGUUUUUCCAGAUGUCACUUAUGUCUGAAUCUUAGGCUUUGUCUCCGACAUAAAAAUUGCUUGUUGGCAGUUGCUUGUAAUCUUUUAAUGUACAUGUACCUUCAGUUUUUGGGUCGGUAACAAAACCUUUUUUUUAAUUGAGCUAAAGUCUUGGGGUUAUAAUUUGGGAAAUGCCAGUCAGGACGGACGCUGAAUAAGAAAUCCCCCAAAAUAUGACAUGUACUACCCGGGGUAAUUUUUUACCAAAUAUUAAUUUUUUUUUUAAAAAGAAAGUCUAAUUUCCUUACUCCUGUCUUUGGGAGGAACCCAUUGUCUGUGUUGUGUGAUUAUUCAGCUGGUAAGUCAAAUUCAUUUCAAUGAAAAAAAAAUUACAAGUGUUACAAUGAGGCCAAACAUUUGGGGUUUUUGGUCGACGGUCGGUUUUUUGUUUUUUUUCACAGCGAAUGUAAUGUGUGUAGCAACUUUUAGCACUGGUUUAAAAUAAAUUCAUCAUGCCUACUAAGGGGCUUUUUGUAUUAUUUAUGAUUGUCUUGAUUGUUUCUUUGUGGAAUUGGAAUCCAGCCCGUGUGAAAAUGAUUAGAAAAUAAAACAGACUCAGUUGUACCUUUUA